UCGACUGAGCUGAUGGAAUGAAAAUAUUAGAGAUUAAAAGAUAAUUAAACUUGUUUUCCAAUUAAAUUGAUUGUUUUUAUUUCUCUUUUUACGAGUUUAAUCAAAGUAGUUUGUGUUCUCCGAAUUCUGGUCUAUUGUUCGUCUUCUAUUGGUUUCGAAUAUUGAUAUUUAAUAUUUGCCAUUUCCAUGGAGCAAGAACAGACCCAAUUUUAUUGGAACAAUUCUUCAUUGUAUGGUCCGGUUGUUUGUGAUUCGGUUGCUGGGGGACCACCGAUGACACCAAAAUCUCCUUUGAGCUCAGUGGUUAGAGCUCAUCUACCCAAUAAUGAGAAAACCUCUUUUAAGGUGAAAGCUGGUCAAACAGUUGGAGAAGCUCUUAAAAAAGCCAUGGACAUUAGGAAAUUAACGCCCGAAAUAUGUGAUGUAUAUACUUACACCACUCACGCCCGAAUUGAUUGGAAUCAAGAUAUUAGCACACUAGAAGGAAAAGAGAUUGUAGUUGAAGCUCGAGCUUCACCCAUAAGGACUUCCAUUUCUCAUAAUUUUGUUCGUAAGACUUUCUUUUCACUUGCCUUUUGUGAAUGCUGCCGUCGUUUACUUUGGCAUGGAUUUCGAUGUCAAACAUGUAACUUUCGUUUCCACCAGAGAUGUGCUAGCCUUGUGCCCAGUUUAUGUUCACCUUUAAACGUUGAUUCCUCUAAUUAUUAUGGUCAUCUUUUAGCUUUAAAUAAUUCAACUUAUUAUAAGGCAGUUACCAAUCCUUCAAGUGGACCUUAUUUCCAACCACCCAGUCAAUCAUCUCAACAUGGAGUUUCAUCCUCAUCUGUAACAGAGUGUCAAUCAUCAUUCAAUCAACUUCGAGAAUCAUUCAAUGGACAAACUCGACGUAAAAUGCAACCAUCAGGAUUUUCUCAAAGAGAAAGAUCCACAUCAGCUCCUAAUGUCUACUGUGUUAACCAAAACAAUCAAAGUUUCUCAGAAGAGUUUCACAAAUAUCCAACAUCAUCAUCUGGCUACAGUAGUAUGCUCACCAAUAAUGGUGAUCUAGCUUCAUCAUCAAAUAAUGCAACAACAAGUCCAACUAGAACCCAAAGUGCUGGUGGAUCACCUACUAAUACACGAAUAGGUGGACAACAAUGGCGUCCAAGAGCAAGAUCAGCCGAUGAAAGUUCUGCUAAAAAUUUAGUACACAAAGGAAAACCCAGUACAACAGGUAGAGAACCAAUAGAAGACUGGGAGAUAGCACAUGAUGAAAUUUUCACUGGACCCAGAAUAGGAUGUGGAUCAUUUGGAACUGUAUACCGUGGACAUUGGCAUGGACCAGUAGCAUUGAAAAAGUUAAACGUUACCAAUCCAACUCCUGCACAAUUACAAGCUUUUAAAAAUGAAGUCGCUGUACUGCGAAAGACUCGCCAUGUUAAUAUACUACUUUUUAUGGGCUGUGUAUCUAAACCACAACUUACAAUAGUGACCCAAUGGUGUGAAGGUUCAUCUCUUUAUAAACAUUUACAUGUUCUUGAAACCAAAUUUGAACUUGCCCAAUCAAUAGACAUUUGCAGGCAAACUGCCCAAGGGAUGGACUAUCUGCAUGCAAAGAAUAUUAUUCAUCGUGAUCUUAAAACGAACAAUAUAUUUUUACACGAAGAUUUGACUGUGAAAAUAGGUGAUUUUGGUCUAGCGACUGUGAAAACCAAAUGGAACGGAUCUCAACAAUUUAAUCAACCUACGGGUUCCAUUCUUUGGAUGGCACCGGAAGUAAUUAGGAUGAAAGAUGCAAAUCCCUUUUCCUUUCAAUCGGAUGUUUAUGCCUUUGGUAUCGUGAUGUUUGAACUUUUCACUCAACAAUUGCCAUAUAGUAACAUAAAUAACAAAGACCAAAUCCUUUUUAUGGUUGGACGAGGUAUCCUUAGGCCCGAUUUAACUAAAUGCAGGAAAGAUACGCCUAAAGCGGUUAUACGUUUAAUAGAAGAUAGUAUCACAUUUUCAAAAGACGAGAGACCUUUGUUUCGGCAAAUUUUGGCUUCACUUGAAUCUUUGUCAAGGUCAUUGCCAAAGAUUCAUCGAUCUACUUCAGAGCCAACUUUAAAUAGAACCCAUAUACAGUCAGAAGAUUUUUGGGGACCCGUUUGUGCUUCUCCGAAAACUCCAAUUAAUUCACAAUUCACAGCUUUCCCAUUCUAUAGCUUUACCUAGUAAUUAUUUAGUGACAAUUUUUAUUUCUCUCUCAUCCUUUCUCUCUCUCUCUCUCUCUUUUUCUCUUUCUCUUUCUCUUAAUCUUUUCAUCUCAACCUCUUCCAAUAAAUUAUAUCUAUUCUUUCAAAUAAUAAACAACAAGUGAAUUGACAUUUUUA